UCCGCGGUUUAAAAGGCUAACCGCUCCUUCACCUUUCUAUUGCAACUUGUAAUUUGUAGAGUAGAAUUCCAGCAAAAGGAAAAAUCUUUACUUCAAUUUCCCGUGGUGGCAGGAAUAUGUUUGUAGAGCACUGGCAGGGUUUGGAAUGUGGUGAAAUCCUUCACGGUGGAUCAAAGCUGCUGACUGCCAGCAAUACAUGUAUGACUUCUGAACCAACUCUGCCUUGCAAACGAAGGAAGCUUCUGAAUAACGCCAUUAUUGUGUUUCCUGGUGAGCCAGAAGCAGAUGAACUGCCUUCAUCUACAGUCAGCGGAAGUCCUUCAAAGACUCAAAUCUUGUAUGGAAAUAAUUUGGUUGCUACAGGUCCUAUUACUGCUGCACACAAAUAUGAAAGAGAUCUAGUUGGUUCUGAUGCUCUUGCAAAUUCACAAGGGCUUGAUAGUGGUCCUGGUUUAGACAUUAAAUUAUCUAUGAGUUUUGACCAUGAUUCUGAAUCACAGUUGAUACUCUCUGAUAAAACGAGUAGAUCUGAUAGUUUUCAUUUACUGGAAGGCAAGAUGGGGGAUUGUUUUGGUGUUACUAAUAAGACUGAAGUCAAUAAACCCUAUGGUGAUAUUAAAGGAGUAGAGGAGGUAAAGGAAGACCGCUCUAUAAGAGAUCUGUGCAUUUCUGUUCUCAAUAGUCAAGGGUUGCCUGUAAACGAGUGGUCUAGUACAAGUAGUCCUUUCACACAACCUCCAGAAGUUUGUAAUGAUUGGGCUUUUACCCAAACUUGUAAACAGUGUGGUAAUUCUGAAAGUACACUGGAAAUGUUACUUUGUGAUCAUUGUGAAGAGGCAUAUCAUAUAUUUUGUUUGAACCCUAGGUUAAAGAAGUUGCCAACAGAUGAGUGGUUUUGCCAUCACUGUUCAAAUAUGAAUUCGAAAGUUCUCCAAGAAACUUCCUUUCUUAAAUCACCUAUUCCAAGUUGGAGGAGAGCAACAGCUAAAUUUGAAAUGGGUCCAAUAGCAAUCAUGUUGAAAUACCCUGAGCCAUACGUGUCCCAUGUCAGAAUUGGCAAACCAUUCCAAGCAGAAGUUCCUGAGUGGUCUGGUCAAGUUCCUAAUGAUGAUUAUUUCUUUGGUGAGCCAUUGGAAUUGGAUCCAGCAGAAACUGUUGCUUCAAAUGUCCACUGGUCAGACUGGUUUUCCAAGUCCAAUUCCUUGAGUAAUUGGCUCCAAUGUCGAGAAGUCCAUUAUGAUGAUGCAAGAAAUUGUGUUGAAGGAACUGCAUGUGGGAAAUGGCGCAGGGCACCACUUUCUGAAGUCCAAACUGAUGACUGGGACUGUUCUUCUGCUGUUGUUUGGGACCCAGCCCACGCUGAUUGUGCUGUUCCUCAGGAGUUGGAAACAGAACAAGUUCUAAUACAUUUGAAGUACAUAGAACAGCUGAGAUCUCACUUUGGUGCUAAAAGGAGAAAGACUUGAAUAUCACUAUUACAAAUUUAGAGUGCAGUGGUUGUUUUUCAAAUCUGAGAAGACCGGCGUAGAUCUUUAUACAGGCAAAAGGUUUAGCAAUUCCACAGGAAUCAACUUGGUUUCAUUGUAGUUAUACAAUAUACACAACAGUUGCCAGAUAGAGCUGCUGUUGUAAUUGUCACCCAAAAAUGUUCAAUUUUAUACGCCCUUGAUCUAGUUCGCGCCUGUAGUUUCCCCAUACCAUGCUGAUGCUGGGUGAAUGUCCAUUCUUUUCAGCCACUUGGCUCCACACACAAACAUAAUUUUUGUUUAAACUCAAAAAUAAUGAAUGCUAUAUUACCAAUUCUUAUCAUCUUUCCAAGGUGAAAUUGAUCGAAAGAAA